CAGUCCUUCCCCAAUGUGGGAAGCCACCCUUUUUGUGACGUCACAUUCAACUUCAAUGAGCUCUGGUGCCGGAAGGAAAGAUGGCGGAUCGUGAGGAGCAGUUAUCUGAUGAAGAGAAGAUACGCAUUUCUGCAAACUUCAUCAUCCACGCUCCACCUGGGGAAUUCAAUGAAGUUUUCAACGACGUGCGACUACUGCUCAACAAUGACAAUCUUCUCAGGGAAGGUGCAGCUCACGCAUUUGCACAGUACAAUUUGGACCAGUUUACUCCAGUGAAAAUCGAUGGGUACGAAGAACAGGUCUUAACCACGGAACAUGGAGAUCUGGGCAACGGCAGGGUCCUGGACCCCAGGAACAAGAUCUCCUUCAAGUUCGACCACCUGCGGAAGGAGGCGAGUGACGCCCGACCGCACGACACCGAGAGCGGGAUGGAGAGCUGGAGGAGCGCGGUGGACGGAGCGGUGCGCGCCUACAUCAAGGAGCACUACCCCAGCGGGGUCUGCACUGUUUAUGGGAAAACUAUCGAUGGACAUCAAACCAUCAUUGUGUGCAUUGAGUGCCAUCAGUUUCAACCAAAAAACUUCUGGAACGGACGCUGGAGGUCGGAAUGGAAGUUCACCAUCAGCCCGUCUUCCACCCAGGUGUCCGGAAUUAUGAAAAUCCAGGUUCAUUACUAUGAAGAUGGCAAUGUUCAGCUGGUUAGCCACAAGGAGGUUCAGGAGUCCAUGUCCCUCUCUAACGAAGCGCAAACUGCAAAGGAAUUCAUUAAAAUCAUAGAGGCAGCAGAGAACGAUUACCAGACGGCCAUUAACGAGAACUACCAGACCAUGUCAGACAGCACUUUCAAAGCCUUACGCCGACAGCUCCCUGUGACCCGCACCAAGAUCGACUGGAACAAGAUCCUCAGCUACAAGAUCGGCAAGGAGAUGCAGAGCGCUUAAAGCCGACGCCCCGCGUGACCGGGUCUUCGUUUGUGUCGUCCUUACAAAAAAAAAGAAAGAAAGAAAGAAAAAAAAGCUUAAAAUAACAAAAAGGUUUUCGUCUCACAAAGUAUAAAACGAUCACACUUUAAGAUGCCUACUUUUAUUAAGAGUUUUAUACAGAUGUCAUUAAAACCUCUCUAUAACAAUGCUACUGGAAUAUAAACUGAUAAGGAAAAAUGGGGUUCCGCAGCUAUACUGGGGUAGUGGAGGGUCGUGCACCAUUUUGUUGAGGCAACAGUCACUCUUGUGGAGACUCCACCAUUUUGAACUGAUCAGUAGGAAGUAAACCCCAUUAACAGAACUGAAGGGGGAAAUGAUUUGCUGAUACCCUCUUUUAAUGUAGUGUAGUAUUAACUACUUCAAACAUAGGAAUCUUCCAUAACACAAUUAAUGUCAUCUGGUGUGGAAAACAGUCUUGCUCACGUUUCUGUCAUCUUUUGCACAAGCAGUCAUUCUUGUUGGCCACUUAAUAACGUCCUUGUUCUCUGUAUUGGUGUUUCCCCCAUUUUAUGUCGUACAACCAAAAAAAAAAAAAAAACCUAACUACAUACAUGACGGCUCACUCGUGUAAAAUAACAGGUAAACACUGUGACAUAGGGCAUGGUUGCAGAGCCAAUUGUGGGAAAAACAAAUAAAAUCAGGAACAGCAUAAUUAACAGAACCUUAAUUGCCCUAAUCAUGGAGCAUGGCCUCGUGUGUACAUGUUUAAUGACUUACAACGUUUGUAUUACAUGCCCCAAGUUCUUAUUUUUCUUACAACAGACAUGACUGUAUUAUAACGAGGCACAUUGUAAUAUAUACCUGUAUUAAAAAUCUUGUCUGUCAGUUUGGUGAUUUAUUUCCUUUUGGAAUGAACUGUAAUACAAUCCCAACUAUGUUGCAUUAAAUGACAGAUUUUCUAUUUAAGUGAGUA